AUGGAACCUGUAAAGAAUCAAAUAAACAAGAUCAAGACAUCGGUCCAAGCGUGGUGCAAUUUCAAGGCGCUUGAGUCGUCGGUCGCAAACAUGAGCUACAGCCAGCUUGUCAAUCUACCCACCGAACUUCUUCGAGAAAUCUUCGAAUACACAACUGUAUGCGACAAGUCCAAUGCGAUCUCAAUCAUGAUACUACGUGCAACAUGCCAGCGCUUUCGCUGUUUCUUUGACGAUCCUCUCGCGACCAUCGAGCCAGCCGCGAAAUCUGUGAUGCAGCAGCGAUACUCUUAUUUCUUGCGAUCGAGACAUCUGUACAGCUUGAUCCGUUCCGAAACGAAAGGCCGCCUUGUAUGCAUCGCUUGCAUGCGAUUGCUUCCAGCGAAACUUUUCUUCUCCACGCCAGUCAAAGUUCCGUCUCAUAAACGACUAUGCAAAGGCCACGAAGGGGAGCUCGAUUUCUUUAGGCCCGGCUAUGGAAGUCAGACAUGGGAGAAACUCCAUGCUGGAGGACUGCAAUACUGGAAUCCUGUGCGAGACUAUUGGUGGCCAAGUGAACCAUCACAGCAAUAUCGCGGUAGUCCUGUCGAAUGGUACCAUUCGUUAAGAAAUAUGAGGCGGGAGCUUGGCCCAACAGACAACGCCCAGAAAGGAGUCUUCUUCGGACCCGCAAGUGUGCACAACCAUUACUACGGGCGCAUGAAUGACAAUCAAUUGCCAAUCGAAGCAACAGACUUUCUCCUACGUCGAGAAUGGGUCUUAUGUGAAGCACCUCGUAUGGACGACAAAACAGCAUCUGCUGUGGGGAGUAAAGUGGACUCCGUUCUUUCGCGCAUCAUGGACGGAAAACAAAUCGAAUACAUCAAGAUGUGCCCUCACAUGUGUGGGAGAAAUGUGGCUUCUAAAUCUCAAGUGCGGAAACUGCUGCGGUUCAAGACAGUCCAUUGUCCAAUACGAUCGUGUAAGACAUGGCUACGCAUUGAGCAACAAACGAUUGCACUGCAUGAUAAAGAUGUUAGGUUGAGUACGGAGUCCGCGAAACCCCAAAGAGAAAAGGCCAAUGAAACCUCGUCUACAGGGAAGGCCAAAGAAUGGCUGGUACUGGUGGUUGUUAGAAACGUCGGCUCGAUGAAGGACCCGACUGACCCAAGAUGGAUAUCGCAACUAGAUGUUCCUCAAUGGCCUGGGCCCAGCAGAACCAACUACUGCCCACCUCUAUGGCUUAUAGCACAGUCUGGUUAUACAACGUAG